UAAAAAGGUUGUCGGGGUAACAAUGUCAAUUUUCGUUGUACUCGUCCCAUCUGCCAUCGCUUUGUAUAUGCAUAUGAACUACAAGGCUGAAAUUCGACGACUCCGUGAGAAGAUCCAAGAAUACAUACCUGGUAAUUGGACUGUCAGAGAUGCAGGCAAAGGCUUCAAGAGACCAUCCGAGGUUAGACUAGGUGUAUUCGGGCUGCAAGACUCGGGCAAGAGUGCCUUUCUCAACUCGUUUCACUUCGCUUAUAAAGGUGUAUGGGAGCAAGUUUACAUCGAAAGCAACUCUGUAGGGCAAGGAGGCGAGACUUUGUUUCGAGAUCCUACUAUACUAACCAAUCAAGUAAUAACUUUCGACACACGUGGGCUAUCGGAUCUGGGUACUACCAAAGUUUCAGAUGUGAUGGAUGAAAUCACUGGAAAGCGAGGAAUAAAUCCUCGUUCUUGGACGACUGGAGAAAGAAUAGACUGUCCUAUCUUUAUCCUGAAAUACAACUCUGAUACUGGAAUAGGCCAUUUCCGUGACUUUCUAUCGUCACUUGUACCCCAAAUCAGGCAAGAGUUCGGCUCGUAUCCGAUCAUGGUUGUGACCUUCGCAAAGAGCAUCUUGAACCAGGAUGAGAUCAUUGGCGAAAUCACCGGAGCUGGUAUGGAGAAGAACGGAGUAUUCUUCACUGAAAACUACACAGCUUCGAACCACGAGAUGGAUUCUAAGAAACACAUUGCUCUUCUUAAGAUCAUUGAAGCCUGUAUCAAGCGAGCCGAUGAUAACAUCACGUUCCGCUGGCGAAAAGACAACGAACCCAAGCCUAAAUCAACCCUCUCCCAACAAGUCGAGAGCACUUUUGUAUAAAAAAGGUACAGCGAAUUAGUCAGACUGGAAUUGAUUGAUUAUAGAGGCUUGGUUUAUUUCAAUAUUAAGAAUACCAGAGCCGGGUUUAUUCAUGCUUAUUGGCUACCAUCUAUUCGCCUUUUUUCAAUGGGGAAUAUGCUUGCUUGCAUUCAGUCACUUGGAUAAUUUUCCGUAAUUCAUCAUUUAAUAAUUUCUGGAUAUUAAUUUUUUCACUAGUUAUAAGCAGGUCUGCAUAAUAUUUUGGCUAUUAAGUCAAACCAUGAUAUAUUCAAAUGAACAGAUUAAUGAAUUGUCCAUUAGCAACAAUUUGUAGCAGCCAAAGAGCAUUGAAUUAUACAUUUCGCUCUUGACUAAUAAUAUGUAUCUACAGCAUGGAAAAUAACUUGUGAUAUUCUUCGUCGAUAGAGGACUAAUCGCUUGCAAAUAAGUUUACACAUGACUACAAGCUACACGUCACGACAUUAUUUUUUAUUCAUAUAUUAUUCAUAUAGGACCUGAAGAAGCAACUAAAAACAUAUCAAGGUUUUAACGCCUUUUAAAUACACAAUGGUAUACAUCUGUAUUGUUUAUAUUGUUUAAGGACAAGUUCACCCUAACAAAAUUUUGAUGUGAAUAAAAAAAAAACAUCCAACAAGCAAAACACUGAAAAUUUCAUCCAAAUCGGAUUUAGAAUAAGAAAAUAAUGACAUUUUGAAGUUUGGCUUCAUUUUACAAAACAAAUACAUGUAUAUCCUGGUUGAUAUGAUAUGCAAAUGAGGUAACUGCUUACAUUAUCCACUUACUAUUUCUCCUGUAUUUCAUUGUAUGAAAAUUGAAAUUGAAAUUCUCAUGUGCAACAAAGUUAUUUUCCUCCUGAACAAAUGGAAUUAACAUUGGUUGAACAUUUUGUGGUUCAGUCAAGCUGGUCAUUAUUGUCAUAUUUGUAAAAAUUGAAAUAUUGUAU